UGAGCUAGUAGUCGUUGAACUUUUAGUUCAGUAAUGAAUAGCAAAAAUGUAGUUUUCCGUACAAACAUGAUUCCUACGUUAAUUUCAUAUAAAAAUUAAGCGCCUUGCUAUUUUCGCAUCAAACGUCGUCAAGUGCUAAAGUCCUAUUACAAUAAACGCUAUCAUUUAUUUAAAAGUAAUAUACUCGCUAUAAUUUUUUUACUAUUGGUUUUCGGUGCACUUUCUACGGAUCUAUAACGGAAAAUACUAAAAGUAUGCCAGGCGACGACUCAAAGUUUCAAUUUGCGAUCGAUCGGGGAGGUACCUUCACCGAUGUCUUUGCCCGUUGCCCUGGUGGUAAAAUCAGGGUAUUAAAAUUACUUUCCGAAGACCCACAGCACUACGACGACGCCCCCAUUGAGGGUAUACGCCGUAUUCUACAAGAGGAGACCGGGAGAGCAACAGAUAUCAAUGGAAGCGUAGAUAGUUCCUUAAUAGAAUGGAUAAGGAUGGGCACAACGGUGGCAACAAACGCCUUACUAGAACGAAGGGGCGAAAAAAUGGCUUUGAUCAUAAAUAAGAAUUUUCAUGAUUUACUAUUAAUCGGAAACCAGGCGCGGCCAAGUAUAUUCGAACUUAAUAUUCAACGUCCCGAGGUAUUAUAUUCAGAAGUCGUCGAGGUCAAUUGUAGAGUUAUACCCGCACUUAUCGGCAAAUGCGAAUUAGGCGAAAAAUCGGCAGAAUGGAAAAUCGUGGAUGGGAACAUGGGCGAAAAACUGUACGUUAUAAAAGAUUUAAAUCGUGACGAAAUUCGACAAGAUUUAGAACGUGUAAGAAAUGCCGGAAUUAGCAGUAUUGCGGUCGUUUUGGCACAUAGUUAUAUGUACGCCGAGCACGAAAAGGAAAUUGGGCAAAUAGCCGAAGAAUUAGGGUUUAGUCACGUUUCUUUGUCGCACGACGUUAUGCCGAUGGUGAGGAUGGUUCCGCGAGGGUUUACCGCUUCGGCGGAUGCCUAUUUAACUCCAAUCGUCAAAAGAUACGUGCAGGGAUUUGCAAAAGGGUUUAAUAACAAUUUGAAAGACACGCGUGUUCUAUUUAUGCAAAGUGAUGGUGGCUUGACGCCUAUGUAUAAUUUUAAUGGGGCUCGCGCUAUUUUAUCUGGUCCCGCUGGAGGUGUUGUCGGGUAUGCGAUGACAACUUGGAAAAAAGAAACUGAUCUUCCAGUUAUUGGGUUUGAUAUGGGUGGAACUUCCACCGACGUGUCGCGAUUCGCUGGUAAGUUUGAGCAUGUUUACGAAAGUACUACGGCAGGAGUUACCAUGCAAGCACCCCAUUUGGAUGUCAAUACUGUAGCGGCCGGAGGUGGUUCUAUGCUUUUCUUCAGAUCUGGCUUGUUCGUGGUUGGCCCCGAAUCAGCCGGUGCCCAUCCAGGCCCAGUCUGUUAUAAGAAAGAUGGUCACUUAGCAGUCACCGAUGCUAAUUUAAUCCUUGGACGAUUAUUGCCAGAGUACUUCCCGAAAAUAUUUGGACCUGACGAACGGUCACCUUUAGACAAAGAGGCUACUUUAGCAGAGUUCCAAAAAUUAACAGGGGAAAUUAAUCACUUUUUGGCACAUCAGGAUACCAAAGAGAAGAAAGUGAUGACCUUGGAAGAGGUUGCAAUGGGUUUUGUUCAGGUUGCCAAUGAAGCUAUGUGUCGACCCAUACGAGCGUUGACGCAAGCUAAAGGUUUCGACACAAGUAGACAUGCGUUGGCUUGUUUUGGAGGUGCAGGUGCGCAGCACGCUUGUGCAAUUGCUCGUUCGUUGGGAAUGUCGGUUGUAUUUGUACACAAAUACGCAGGAAUUCUAUCCGCUUACGGUAUGGCACUUGCGGACGUUGUUCAGGAAAAACAAGAACCGUGUUCGAAAGUGUACGAGCCCACAAAUUAUGCACUGUUUGAGGAACGUUUGGAUGAACUCUGCCAGUAUUGCACAAAAGAGUUAAAAAAUCAAGGUUUCGUUGAACAAAAUAUAGUCUGUGAAACGUACCUUCAUAUGCGAUACGAUGGUACCGAUUGUGCGUUGAUGUGCGGCCCUUCCGUGACCGGUAACGGAACUAAGUACGGCGACUUCUUGAAAUCAUUUCUAGAUAGAUAUAAUACUGAGUUUGGUUUCACGAUCAAAGGUCGAAAAAUCAUAGUGGACGAUAUUCGUGUCAGAGGAAUUGGAAAGAGUGCUAUGCCAGUGGAAAAAGAUAAACCACAGCGAACCGAACCACCAUCAAUAGAAAAGCGAGUGAAUAUAUAUUUUGAGGGAGGAUCUCAACCUGCGAAUGUUUUCCUGCUUGAAAAAUUAUUACCGGGGCAUAUCAUAGAAGGCCCCGCUAUUAUAAUGGAUAUGCUCAGCACAAUUUUAGUGGAGCCGGAUUGUACAGCAACAAUAACCAAGCAUGGGGACGUAAAAAUUCAAAUUGGGACAGGUAUAGUACCUCAAAUUGGAUCUGAAAUGGACGCAAUACAACUCAGCAUCUUCGGCCACCGAUUCAUGAGUAUUGCUGAACAAAUGGGAAGAAUAUUGCAAAGAACCUCUAUUUCGACAAAUAUCAAGGAACGGCUGGAUUUCUCUUGUGCAUUAUUCGGUAACGAUGGUGGAUUGGUAUCGAAUGCUCCGCACAUACCUGUGCACUUGGGGGCGAUGCAAGAAUCCGUGCAGUUUCAAAUGAAGUACAGACGCACCUUCCGGGAGGGUGAUGUUAUUUUGUCAAACCACCCAUGCGCCGGUGGUUCUCAUUUACCUGACUUUACGGUUAUUACACCCGUAUUUUAUAAAAAUAUUCCGACACCAAUCUUCUUUGUGGCGAGCCGAGGUCAUCACGCCGAUAUUGGAGGAAUUACGCCAGGCUCGAUGCCUCCCCAUUCUAAAAGUUUAAGUGAAGAAGGGGUCGCGUUCAAAUCAUUUCUGUUGGUAGAGAAUGGGAAUUUUAAAGAAGAUGAAGUAACAAAACUCAUUUUGGAAAGUGGGGGUAGAAACAUAGCCGAUAAUUUAUCAGACUUGAGAGCACAGGUCGCUGCCAACCAGAAGGGAAUUGUUUUAGUAUGCGAAUUAAUCGACCAGUAUGGGUUGGAAGUUGUGCAAGCGUACAUGGGACACAUUCAAGCCAAUGCUGAGAUUGCAGUUCGAGAUAUGUUACGAAUGAUAGCAAAAAAUACAUUUUUGAGAACGGGAUCGAAUGUAAUAGAAGCAGAAGAUCACAUGGAUGAUGGAUCACCGAUACGCCUAAAAGUGACUUUCAAUGAAACGGAGGGAUCUGCUGUGUGCGAUUUUAGCGGGAGUGGUUCAGAAGUUUGGGGUAAUUGCAACACUCCAAAAGCCAUAACAUUGUCCGCUAUAAUCUAUUGCUUAAGGUGCAUGGUUGGCCACGACAUACCACUCAACCAAGGGUGUUUAAUACCGAUCAAAACAAUCAUACCGAAAGGUUCUAUUCUGGAUCCUAGCGAUCAAGCAGCAGUUGUGGGCGGAAAUGUUUUAACUUCGCAAAGAAUUGUGGAUGUAGUUUUGAAGGCGUUUAAGGUUUGCGCAGCUUCGCAAGGAUGUAUGAAUAAUAUCACAUUCGGCAACGAGUCGUGGGGUAAUUACGAAACAGUGGCAGGUGGAAGUGGCGCUGGUCCCACGUGGCACGGCUGCUCUGGAGUGCACGUCCAUAUGACAAAUACUCGCAUUACAGACGUUGAAAUUAUUGAACGUCGAUACCCAAUUUACUUACAAAAAUUUACAUUACGUAAUGGUUCCGGUGGAGCUGGAAAGUUCGUUGGCGGAUGCGGAGUUACCAGGGAAUACCUUUUCAGGGCUCCCGUUGUUCUUUCAGUAUUAACAGAACGAAGAGCGUUACAGCCGUAUGGCAUGGAAGGUGGCAUGCCUGGUAAACGAGGAGUCAACCUCUUAAUUAAAUCAAGCGGGAGAACGAUAAGCCUCGGCGCGAAAACUGCAGUUCCCGUGGAGCCAGGGGACGUCUUCCAACUAAGUACUCCGGGAGGAGGUGGUUAUGGAGAGCCCCUUACAAGCAAUGAUGAAGCUAUAACAGAAAAUCUUUGCAACAAGAAUAAAUCGCAAUAUCUACUUAGAGGAAGCGUUCAUGAAUAUCAAAGGGUGCAAGAAAGUGUAUGACAAAUAAUGAAAUUUACUUCACUUGUGCCUCGUAAUGUACAUGCAUCGUUGUGCCUUGUUAAUCAUUCUUUAUCUUGUUAUUUUUAACGUAAGAAUAAUGUUCUUCGUAAAUAUACCUAUUAAACAAGUAAAUAAAGUCGUCGAUCCGG